AGAUGCGGUCAAGGCUGCGGACCCCGUCGCACUCGCAACUUCGAUUGCCAUGCCAGCCGUAGAGGCUGCUGUCGAAGUUGCCCAGACUCACAAAGUGGUGCCUGCGCAUUUGAAGCGUGCGCGACUACCGGGAGCUGUCCGUUUUGCCCUGGUUGCCAUCCUGAGCUUUUAUCUCGAGUCUCUUGGGCGUUCCUUGGUGGCGGAAUACACUCACGGCGAGCUGGCCAAGGUUGUUAGGCCUGCCUCGUCUCUAACGCAGACGGAAGCGCUUGCGUUAGCGGGUUGGAAAUUAUUUGGACUUGCUCUGGGUUGGUACGGAAACUAUGACGGUUUUGACCUUGCUGCUCUGGCUGUCCUUUCUCAUGGUCCAACGGCCUACCUGAUUUCUACUUACUAUGGCAUCCGUGCUUCGACUGCCGGCGCCUACCUUGCCGUUGGGGUCGUAUCGACCUUUGUUCCCUUCCUCCUCUUGCGCCAGCUGUCGGGCGCCCACUCAGCCGCACCUGGUAUCCCUAAUCGGGACAUUGUUGUCGACAGGCAGAUCCAGGUGCUUACAUCGCUACUUUCCGCCCUCGUCUACAGCGUUACACUGUUUUUGGCCUGCCGGACUUUCCUGCCCACGAACUUUGUGCUCUACUUUGAGGGUAUACGCACCAUUGAGCCUGCUCAAGACGCCCAACUCUUCAGCUUCAACCGCCCGCUGACGCAGAUCCUUUGCCUGCUCUUCGGCGUGGCUGCGCGUACCCUGAUCUUUACUCCUUCUGUCACGGCUUCGCCCACCAUCAGGGACCAGGAAGUUGCCGAGUUUGAUCCGGCCACCGCCAACCUUGGACAGACCAUCUACUGGAACCUUUGGGGGUACACCACCCCGACCAAGGUCUCAGUCAAGAGAACUGCCGUGGCCAUGCUUUUUGCUGGAGUCGAUACCUAUUUGCAGGCUACCACUGUCCUCAGCGGCGUAGACUCGUACGGAGCAGCUGUCUAUGCGAGCGUCUGGGUUCUGGCUGCCGCGAUCACGGGCCUGGCUCUGAGAUAUGUAGGAAGUGUGUAGGCUAUCUCUGACUGCGGUUUAGGGGAUGUUGGAGAUAGGCAGCACUUGCUGGAUAUAAGUUUCUUCACCUUUAAGAAUGAAGUCAUGUGUCACAGUACAUGUUUUCUUGGACGCCAAUGGUUUAUCCCUUCACAUAGAUGUAUUUUCCC